UUAACUUCCCAAAUUAUGAGAUAAUAAUAGUGGGAUCUCCCACCUCAACACUACCAAAAUUACCCAAUUGCAAAAUGGGUUAAAAUAAGCCCUUAUCUCAUUUGUAAGAAAGUGAUAGACAAAAGGGCAAAAAACCUACUCACUUUCUUUUGUCAAACAUUAUAUAUUUCCAUUGUUUCAAUAACAUCUUACAAAGAGCUUUUUCCUUUUUCUUUUAGUUUCUGGAAUCAAGGAAAUGUCAUUCACUGGAACAAUUGACAAAUGCAAGGCUUGUGAUAAGACUGUACAUGUUGUGGAUAUGUUGACUCUCGAAGGAGUUCCAUACCAUAAAACAUGCUUCAAAUGUAGCCAUUGCAAGGGAAAUCUUGUGAUGAGCACUUACUCCUCCAUAGAUGGAGUUCUUUACUGCAAGCCUCAUUUUGAGCAACUUUUUAAGGAAUCAGGCAAUUUCAGCAAAAAUUUCCUAACAGGUUUAAGACCCAUUUUCAAAACCGAGAAGCAAAAUGAAACGAAUAAAACUUCUAGUAAAUUUUCAUCAAUGUUCUGUGGAACCCAAGACAAAUGUGCCUCGUGCGAGAAGACAGUGUAUCCAUUAGAGAAGGUGACCAUGGAAGGGGAAUGUUUCCACAAAUCAUGUUUCAAAUGUGCUCACGGAGGGUGUCACUUGACACACUCUUCGUAUGCGGCUUUAAACGGGGUCUUAUAUUGUAAGCACCAUUUUUCUCAACUUUUCAUGGAGAAAGGGAACUACAAUCACGUUCUCGAGGCUGCUACACAUAAGAGAAACAACUCCGCGGCAUCGAUCGAACAUGGCGAUAAUGAAUCAGAAGAAACUCCAACAAUUGAAGAAACUUAAUCUUGAAAAAUUACAUAACACUAACACGACAUCAUUCUUACAAUUUGUCUCUAUAAUUUUUUUUUUAAAAAAGAAAGCAAUAUAGUUUGAUUGGGUAUACAAUCUCAUCAAAGUUGAAUUUAUUUGUUGACUAGUUUAUUCACAAUUGUGGACCAACAUGUUUAUGUAACUCAAACAAGAUCAUUACCUAAUAUUAUAUACAUUGAAUUUUUUUUGACAAAUAAAAA